AUGAUUGUAUUAAAGACACACGUAAGACUUGCCCUGCAUAGAAGGCAUGGAUUUGAAGAAAGACAAAUGCUUGAAGGAGAGAUAGGCGAAGCAUCAAAAGACACUGACUGCGAUUCGGCCAUUUCUCACUCUACCCCAAUGUUUACAGAAGAAAUAAUCUCAUCCUCAGAUCAAGAUACAAAAGAGUCUGCUGAUGGCGAACACCCAGCCGAUGAACAACGCGCAAUACAGUUAAUUUCUGGCCUAAAAGGAACACUUCCUAAUCCGAUCAGUUUAUUAAAGAUAAAGGCAAUCAUUGAAGACCCUAAAUCAAACUUAUCAGAGGGUGUUUUAACUCAAGCAUUGAUCGUGCUGACGGACAAUAUUAGAUAUAAGAAACUAACGACAAAAUCAGCAUUUAUAUGUGAGUUACACCUGAGGACGAUAGUUUCGGUGCUCGAGACUAUCCGCAAAAUGCAAGAAACACUGGGCAAUCUUUCACCUCUAUGGUUCGAUUUAUUAAAUAGACUAUUUGUUUCACCUCAGCUUUCAAUAUUUAAACUGUUUCAAAGACGUCGCUUGGUAUCUACACAUUUCUCCAAGCAUCACUUCUACAACAUCCAAUUACUAGUAGACUAUGCGCAUCAGAUAAUAUAUUGCUUGGCCAAACGCAAAUGCCAAAAUUCAGCGAGCGGGAGUUUGGCCAGAGGUAUCGCCAAUGUUCUGGAUUAUGGUAACUUCCCAGGGUUGUUUCCGAAUGCUGGAUAUAAUACGGAGAUUAAGCAUUUAUGGGAUGCUUUGAGCGUCAAGUAUGCGAAGGAGAACAAAGUGACGAAAUGGUAUCUCACCGUGGGUAGAUUAAGGGAGAUGCAUAGUUCACUAAUGACAUGGCAGAUGGGAGAUGGGAUGAAACGUAAUCCACCAACCUUGCAAAAGUAUGCCGAGUUACAACUUAUUGAAAUACUAUGGCUGUACUCUGAUAUCAAUUCAAUAUGUUCUUCGUCCUCCUCGCCCUCUUAUACUCCUGCAAAAGCUCAACCUCAUAGACCAGGCAGACUUACCCGUAAACGCUCGCUGAAAUCCCGAGAUGUGAUAACAGUGAAUGUUUUGGACAUUGCGUUGAGCCUCGUCCGCUCCAGUGAUGAAAUCGUAUCCCUGGCAUGUUGUUAUCUAAUUGCUAUAGAGGUGUUGAAAAAGAGUGGUUGUGAUUAUGUCGUUUUUAAGGCACUGGAAGUGUUGUCGACACUUGAGAAAAGAGACGGCUUGACAUUUGCAAGUAUCGGAGAGGGUUUAGCUCAAAUAUCACCGGUUUUGGGAAGAAUGUCGGAUAGGAAAAGGCAAUUGAUUUCCAAAUCUGUGCGGAAAAGACGAAAGAUGCACUCGAAAUUAAUGCCUCUCACGCCAUUGACAGUACGGCCUGCCUCCUCAUCUCAGAUACCACCACCAUCCCUUCCUCCGCGUCAACUCACUCGGACGCUGCUCGAGUUAAUCUCGUCCGAACUCACUUGUCCGGUGAAUCUCGAAUUUACCGGUGAUUGGUGUGUCUUGGCAUGCGGACAUGCUAUUAGUUCUGCGGCAUUAGAAAAUUGGCGGGAAUCGAAGCGUGCGAGUUUUGACCCUGUUACAUGUCAUUUAUGUCGAAGAGAGGUCAAGGAAGAUGAUGUUUCGGAUUUUAGGUUACAUGCAGUGUACAAAGGGGUGUGUAGGAUGUUGGGUGAGUGUGAGAACUUGGGUGAUUCCAGCAAUGUCGAUAGCAUAGAAAGUACCAAUGGUACUUCCUACGAUAAUGAAAAUGACAAUAGUGGCAAAGACAAGAGUAGUGGUCAUGAAGCCAUUAGCGACGCCAAGAUUAAUCCAGGAAAUACACAAACUCGAAUCAAGAAAUCCAAACAUCCGGCUCAAAGAAACGGCAUUCGUUCAUUCAAAAAUCGAUGUUAUGCUGAAGCCGCGAAAUGCUUUACACAAGUUCUUCAAUAUUAUCCGACCAGCUAUACCGCCUUAUGCGACCGGGCUAACGCUUAUAAAUCUAUACCUGAAUACCAGAAAGCUAUUUCCGAUGCAACGACGGCUAUCCGUUUGAAUCCUCUAAAGCCUCGCGCAUGGCGUCUUCGUGGAUAUAUAGAGGGUCUUCGUGAUCAUUACACCACUGCUUUUAUCGAACUCGGAAUUGCACUUCAGCUCGAUCCGAACAAUGCAAUAGCUCUCAUUGGUCGGGGUAAUCUUUUCCGAUGGUUAGAUCAAUAUGAACAGGCUAUGGUCGAUCUGAAUAAGGGACUCGAGUUUGAGCCGGAUAAUCCAUUUGGAUUGGAAUUUCGUGGAGAUGUGUAUAGAUUGCUUGAGAGGUUUGAAGAAGCGUUGGAGGAUUUGAAUAGAGCGCUAGAGUUGAGAGAGCCACAUGACAGGACUUUUGCGUUGGCUAGCAGGGGAGCGGCAUAUUUUAGAUUAGAGAGAUUCGAUGAGGCAUUAAGUGAUCUAAAUAGCGCAUUGAGUUUGGAUCCCAUGGACGAUUUUGCUCGAGUAACUAGGGUGAAGGUGUAUAUGGCGAUGAAUAGACAGGACGAGGCGAGAAAGGAGCUAGAGAGAUUAUACGAGGAUGGUUCUGCAAGCCGGCAGUGA